GAAAAUACUCUGGCCCCUCUCGCAACCUCCCAUCUCGUGAAAUCUUCCCCAACCUUCAUUGUCUUCUCCAUUAUGCGCCAUCAGCCCAACCGCUAACCAUCAGCCUUCAUCAUCUUCUCCAUCAGCCCUAACCAUCAGCCUUCAUCGCCUUCUCCAUUAUGCGCCAUCAACAAUAGCCUCUAACCACCGGCCUUCAUCGUCUUCUCCAUUAUGUGCCAUCACCGACAGCCGCUAACCACCAGCCUUCCUCAUCUUUUCAAUGCUCAAUAUUUAUGCUGUUCUUCUAAGACCCGGCCAGUUAAUCACCAGGUUUGAACACUCACUUUCGGCUUGCCUCCGGUCACAAAGCCAGGUUUUGCAAAAUGUUAAUCAUGUUGCACCUACUAUAUGUGAUAAUACUGUUGCGCCUGUGAUUGAAAAAUUUAAAGGUGCAGCCCCUGUGCUUGGCAAAGUUAAUGUUAACGGAGUCACAACGUUAUGUGAUUCUGAUAGGAACCCACUUAUUAGACUAGUAAUAGUAGUAAUAAUAAUAAUAGUAAUAAUAAAGGUCUCGGAGUAUUCUAGUAUAAAUAGAUGGGAAGGGGAGUUAGUAAGGAGGCUGUUUAGACUUUUGUCUUGUACUGGGAAGUUAGAGACUAAUACUCUCUCUCUUUGGGGGCUUCGGCCAUUGUUACUGUUCUUGACUCAAUAAAGAUUCUUGAUAAAUUUCUGUAAAUUUCUCUGUUCUGGUGUUUGGUUCUAUCAGAACAAUUUAAAGGUGCAGCCCCUGUGCUUGGCAAAGUUAAUGUUAACGGAGUCACAACGUUAUGUGAUUCCCAUUCUGGUGUUUCUAAGACCUGUCUGGUAGUACCAGAUUUUUGCCCCACAGUUACGGAUUUUGUUAAUCAUAUUGCCCCUACUAUCUGUGAUAAUACUUCUGUCCUUGUGAUUGAAAACUUUACUGCUGCAGCCCAGCCUUGUGCAGUUGUGCUUGACAAAGUUAAUUUUAAUGGUGUCACAACAUUAUGUGAUUCCCAUUCUGAUGCUUCCAUGACCUGUCUGGUAGUACCAUUUUUUUGCCCCACAGUUACGAACUCUACUACUCCUUUAAAUGUGGACAUGAGUGAUGUGUGAGGCCAACUCCGAAGUUACAAAUGAUGCCUCUGUUGGUGCCCAGACAGCAGCUUGUCCCCCUAUUACUGAUGAUAUUGCAUUUGAAGCCUGUCAAGAUUUUUUGCCCUCAAAAUUAUUACAGUGCAAUGUUAUUGAUUAUGCUCUGAGUGAUUUUGAUAUUCCAGAUGCUGGUGCCUCUCUUGGUACCCUUAGUGCCCCUUUUUGCCCUGCUUUUGAUGCUCAGGCAGGCUAUGACACUCUUUUAACUGCUAAUGAUGCCCAGGAAGCCUCUAUUACAGUACACCACUCAUUAUCCCUUAGCUCGUAUCAUUUUCAGUUUAGUUAGCACUAUAUUAUUUAUGUUGAUAUGCCUAGGUUAAGAGCAUAUUUCUAAUGAUAUCCUUUUCCUGAGUAUGAGUUCUGUUUGCCUUUAAAAUUCGUGAGGUUGUUUUUUGUACAUCUGAUAAAGCUCGGUUGAAAGUAAGUUACAUUUACUACUGAAUUACAAUUCUUGUGAGUAUGAAUAUAUGUAGACAUUAUUGCUAUCAAUAAAGUACAGAGUAUUGAACAUGUAAAGUUGUAUUUUAUGAAUGAUAUGAUUUGUAUGAUUCUAUUUCAAAGAUAUGUUCUCCAUGUACAUAAUAGCUCCUCUUUGCGGUGAGAAGAUUUAGAACGUUCAUGUGAACAAGUUAAACAUUUCAUCUCGCAAGCAAAUGAGAAAUAGACAUCUAUAUUCUAUUUGUUAAUGCUCUUUUAAGAUAACAUAUACAUUGACUACAUUUUUUUCAUAUUACAGCUAUUAAAUCUCAAGAGUUAUGGUCAAUUUAGACUACACAAUUUAACUUGGUGUGACUAACACAAGUAAAGAAGCAAUAAGCUGGACUCUACCUUCUUUAAAUGAAAAUAAAAUAGCGGUGAUGAUAAGUUUUGUAAAACCAAUGUUAAGUUUUUAUUUUGGUGUUGCUUUAGUUUUCCACGGUCAGUGAGUACUCUGAAGAUGAUAUUCUGCAAAUACGUGAGAAACGAGUCUCAUAUGCAGCGAACCUACUCAAUGAACUUCAGUGACGAAUGUGAUGAACAGUGCUAGCUGGAUUUUUGCUAAGCUCGUAUGCAUUAUGGCGGUUAAACAAAUGGCUGGAAGGACAUAACAUUUGGAUGCUUGUGAUGUACUUUAUGUGUUUCCAGAACCUAUGUAAUGACUACUUUAUGUUUACAGCCCUAUGUAGCUAGACUAGAACUCAAGAAUAUUGGUAUUUUGGAUUUUGCUUUGUUUCCAAGAACAAGUUAACCUGUCUUUGAAUUUUCAUGUUGACUUUGAUUUGAAUCUAAAUGACAAUUAGUUAGUUAUGGGAUACUUUGAUUAUGAA